AUGUCUGGCAGAGUCCUAUUCGCCUUCACUAUGAGGGGAAUCAUACUUGCACUAACCCUCACCCUUGUAGGCAGCCAGAAAUUUGACAUUGACCCUGGAUUCAGUAGCAGAAAGAGCUAUUUGUACAGCUAUGAAGGAUGGGUGUUGAGUGGGCUUCAAGAAAAAAAUGUAGCCAAAGCUGGUCUGCGCUUGAGCUGCAAAUUGGAGAUCAGUGGACUGUCAGAUAACACUUACCUCCUCAAGAUCCGCUCUCCACAGUUUGAGGAAUACAAUGGCAUCUGGCCCAGGGACUCAUUUACUCGAUCUUCCAAAAUCACCCAAAUCGUUUCUUCAUGUUUUGCCCAGCCUUUCAAGUUUGAAUACAGUAGUGGGCGGGUUGGAGACAUUUAUGGCCCAGAAGACAGUGCUGAGAUGUGUAUUAACAUAGUGAGAGGGAUUCUGAACAUGCUGCAGAUAACCAUUAAAAAGGCACAGAAUGUGUAUGAGUUGCAAGAGGCUGGAAUUGGAGGUGUUUGCCAUACAAGGUACGUCAUCCAGGAAGACAGGAAGAACAGCCGAGUCUCUGUUACCAAAACUGUGGACCAGAAUAAUUGCCAGGAAAAAGCGAAGAAGAGCAUUGGAAUGGCUUACAUCUAUCCUUGUCCUGCUGACGUGAUGAAAGGACGGCUCACAAAAGGGACCUCAGCUUUCACCUUCAAACUGAAGCAGUCAGAUGGCAGUACUCUGAUCACAGAAGUGGUGUCACAGCAGGUGCAUGAGAUCUCUCCGCUCAGUGAACCCACUGGUGUUGCUGUCACAGAGGCAGGACAACAUCUCACCUUGCUUGAAGUGCGAAGUGAACGGGGCAGCCCCUCAGAUGUUCCCUUACAGAGCUACGGGGGCCUUCGCUACCGCUUCCCAGAAGUAUUGCCACAGAUGCCUCUGCAGCUCAUCAAGACAAAAAACCCCGAGCAAAGGAUAGAAGAAACACUGCAACACAUAGUCUCUAAUAACCAACAAGAUUUCCACGAUGAUGUUCCAUACAGAUUCCUGGAGCUUGUCCAGCUCUGCCGGAUAACGAGCACUGAUACUCUUGAGUCCAUCUGGAGACAAUAUUCAGAUAAACCCCGUUACAGGCGAUGGCUGCUGAGUGCAGUUUCUGCAGCAGGCACCACGGAAGCACUCAAAUUCAUUCAGACCAGAAUUCGCAAUGAUGACCUGAACUACCUUCAGACUCUUCUAAGUGUCUCUUUUGCUCUCCAUUUAGCGAAAGCUGAUGAACACACUGUUUCAGUAGCAGCAGAUUUAAUAACUGAUCCUCGAAUCCAGAAAAGUCCCAUGAUUCAGCAAGUUGCCUUCUUGGGAUACAGUUCUGUGGUCAAUAGAUACUGUUCUCAAAGCUCAGCUUGUCCCAAAGAAGCUCUUCAGCCCAUCCAUGACCUGGCAGAUGAAGCAAUCAGCAAGGGCCGUGAAGACAAAAUGAAAUUAGCUCUGAAGUGCAUUGGCAACAUUGGAGAACCAGCCAGCAUCAAACGUGUCACCAAAUUCCUUCCCAUAUCUUCAACCAGUGCCUCUGAUAUCCCCAUCCACAUUCAGAUUGAUGCCAUAAUGGCCUUGAGAAAAAUAGCUUGGAAGGACCCCAAAACAGUGCAGGGAUAUCUCAUCCAGAUCCUUGCAGACCAGUCGCUUCCCCCUGAAGUGCGAAUGAUGGCAUGUGCUGUUAUCUUUGAGACAAGGCCUGCCCUUCCUUUAGUAACAACCAUAGCUAAUGUGGCAAUGAAGGAGAGAAACUUGCAAGUGGCCAGUUUUGUAUAUUCCCACAUGAAAGCCUUGUCGAAGAGCAGGUUGCCAUACAUGUACAACACAUCUUCGGCUUGCAAUAUCGCCCUGAAGCUGCUGGCCCCCAAACUGGACUGGCUGAGCUACCGGUACAGCAAAGUCGUGCAUAUCGGGACUUACUCUGAUGCCUAUAAAGUUGGUGCUGCUGCAGAUGUCUUUGUUAUGAACAGCCCAGGAACGAUGUUUCCAUCAGCAAUAAUUUCCAAGCUGAUGGCACUUUCUGCAGGGUCAGUGGCUGAUUUGGUGGAGGUUGGUGUCCGUGUGGAAGGCCUCACAGACGUCAUCAUGAAACAAAAUAUCCCAUUUGCUGAAUAUCCCACAUACAAAAAGAUAAAGGAAAUUGGAAAAACUCUGCUGGGAUGGAAGGAGUUGCCAACAGAAAGUCCGUUGAUAUCAGUCUACUUUAAAGUAUUUGGCCAAGAGCUGGGCUACAUCAACAUCGACAAGGAAGUCUUGGAACAGGUUACGAAGGCUGUGACAAGUGAUCAAGACACAGUGAUCAAGAGGAUCGCCAGCCAGAUCCGCAGUGGCAUUGCAGGGCAGUGGACGCAGCCAGUGUGGGUGGGAGAGCUGCGGCACAUCAUCCCGACCUGCACCGGGCUGCCGCUCGAGUACGGCGCAUACACCACGGCUCUGGCACGGGCCGCAGCCCAAGUUGAUGGAAAGGUUACCCCCCCUUUAACUGGAGAUUUUAGACCUUCCCAGUUGCUUGAAUCCACAGUGCAGAUCCGAUCUGACAUAAACCCAAGCUUUUACGUGUAUACAGUUGCAACAAUGGGUGUCAACACAGAGUACUUUCAACACACUGUUGAAAUUCAAGGCAAGGUCCUGACAAGAGUGCCGGUGAAGUUUGAUGCCAAGAUAGACGUUAAACAGAAAAAUAUUAAGAUUGAAACAAACCCAUCCCGUGAGGAAACUGAGAUAGUGGUUGGAAGCCAUAGGGCUUUUGCUGUAUCAAGAAAUAUAGGAGAAGUAGGUGUUGAAAAGAAGACCUCAAUUCUCCCAGGAGAUGCUUCAUCAAAUAUUGCAGAAGAGCCAUUCAAAUCAUCAGAGAAAGCUUCCAGUGAAGGCUUUACAAUGCAAGGUGCUGACAGCGUGCCAAGGAAACAGACUUACAGCUCCCAGGAGAAUCUUCACCGUGGCUCAGAAAGAAAAAUUCAGAAACAAGACAUUUGUGCCAAACUACAUAAUUUUGGUAGUCAGAUCUGCUUUUCCAGAAGGUCACGAGAUGCCAGUUUCAUAAAAAACACAUAUUUGCACAGACUAAUUGGAGAUCGUGACGCCAAAAUAACCUUGAAGCCAGUUCAAACAGAUGCUGAUAUUGACAAAAUUCAACUGGAGAUUCAAGCAGGAUCCAGAGCAGCUUCCAAAAUAAUUCACAUGGUAAACCCGGAGUCUGAGGAAGAAGAUGAGUCGUCGCCAUAUGAGGAAGUUCAAGCUAAGCUGAAGAAGAUUCUAGGCAUGGAAAGUGUGUUCAAGGCCCCAAAUAAAACACGACACAGGAAGAAACAGCCUUCUAAGAAAGAAACCACUAUGCUAACAGAGCUUGGGACAGACCCUGAUACAAAAGAACCCUCUGUCUCAUCUUCUGUCUCCUCAUCUGUCUCCUCUUCUGCCUCAUCAUCUGCUGCUUCUCCUGACCACAAAAAAGCUGUAGCUGAAGAUGAGAAUGAUCAAAUAAAGCAAGCUAGAAACAAAGAUGCAAGCAGUAAGAGCAGCAGCAGUAAAAGCAGCAGCAGUAGCAAAAGUAGCAGCAAAAAUAGAAGCAAGAGCAGCCGUAGCAGCGAGAGCAGUGGUAGCAACGAGAGUAGUGGUAGCAGCAAGAGUAGUGGUAGCAGCGAGAGUAGUGAUAGCAGCAAGAGUAAUGAUAGCAGCAAGAGUAACGAUAGCAGCAAGAGUAACGAUAGCAGCAAGCGUAGUGGUAGCAGCAAGCGUAGUGGUAGCAGCAAGCGUAGUGGUAGCAGCAAGAGCAGUGAUAGCAGCAAGAGCAGUGAUAGCAGCAAGAGCAAUGAUAACAGCAAGAGCAGUAGCAGUAGUAGUCACCACAGCCAUGGGCAUCACUCAAGGCAUCUGAAUGGCAGCAGUAGCAGCAGCAGCAAGAGUAGCAGCAUUAGUCACCAUAGCCACGGACAUCAUUCAAGACACCUGGAAGACGGCAGCAGCAGCAGCAUAUAUUCCAAAAUAUGGGGAGAGGAUGAGAUUUAUCGAUAUCACUUUAAAUCAGCGCACAGGCAAGAGUUCCCAAAAAGGAAAAUCCCGGCUGACAAAAUUAGUGGCACGCACUCCUCUACCAGAUCCAGUCAUUCCUCAUCUCGAGCUGCUUCCUGGCCUAAGUUUUUGGGAGACAUCAAAGCACCAGAAUUGGCUGUUUUUCUUCAUCGCAUUCGUGACAAUAAGAAGAUAGGAGGCCUCCAACUCGUGGUAUAUACUGAUAUUGACUCCGUCAAGCCCCGGAUACAGAUGUUUGUGUCGAACCUUACAGAUUCAAGCAAAUGGAAGCUCUGUGCUGAUGCUUCGGUCCUCAAUGCUCACAAGGCAGCAGCUUACCUGAAAUGGGGCCGGAAUUGCCAGGACUACAAGAUUUCUACUGAGCUGGUGACCGGGCGGUUCGCUGCCCACCCUGCUGUGCAAGCGAAACUGGAGUGGCCUAAAGUUCCUUCAAGUGUGAGAUCCAUAGGAGAAUGGUUUUACAAGUUUAUCCCCGGGGCUGCAUUUAUGUUGGGAUUCUCUGAAAAAAGAGACAAGAAUCCAUCUCGACAAGCCAGAGUGAUCGUGGCUCUAACUUCUCCAAGGACAUGUGAUGUUGUUAUCAAGCUUCCUGAUGUCAUCCUCUAUGAAAAAGCCAUGAGGCUUCCACUAUCACUCCCUGUAGGUUCGAGGAUACCAGCUUCAGAGCUGCAGCCUCCCAUCUGGAAUGUCUUUGCUGAAGGUCCUGCUGCAGUGAUUGAGAAUUGGAAAGCUCGCUGCUCAGUUUCUCACAACACGAUCUCAACCUUUAAUGGAGUUCAAUUUAACUACACAAUGCCAGAAAACUGCUACCACAUCUUGGCUCAGGAUUGCAGCUCUGACCUUAAGUUCCUGGUGAUGAUGAGGAGUGCUGGAGAAGGUGUGAAUACGAAAGCAAUCAACAUCAAGCUUGGCAGUCAUGAUAUUGAUGUGCAUCCUGUGAAUGGACAGUUGAAACUGCUGAUAGAUGGAGUUGCAAGCCCCAUAACAGAUGUUUCAUACGUAUCUCCUGAUGCUCCUCUGUGGAUCCACAGUGAAAAGCAAGGCCUUGUACUUGUAGCCCCAGCUUAUGGCAUUGAUAAAUUGCACUUUGAUGGAAAUACAGUCAAGAUUCAAGUUGCUUUAUGGAUGGCGGGGAAAACAUGUGGCAUAUGUGGGAAAUAUGAUGCAGAAUGGGAACAGGAAUAUCGGAUGCCCAAUGGAUAUCUAGCCAAAGAUGCAGCGAGCUUUGGGCAUUCUUGGAUUUUGGAAGAAAAGCCUUGCAGAGGAGCCUGCAAACUGCGACGCUCAUUUGUGAAGCUUGAGAAGACAGUUCAGCUUGUGGGUGUAGAGUCCAAGUGCUAUUCUACAGAGCCCGUGCUGCGCUGUAUGAAAGGAUGCUCCGCCACCAAGACUACUCCAGUCACUGUUGGUUUCCAUUGUCUCCCAGCUGAUUCAGCUACCAGCGUGACGGACAAACAGACGAAGUUUGACCAGAAGUCAGAGGAUAUGAAGGACACUGUUGAUGCACACAUAGCAUGUUCUUGUGAGAAUGAAGACUGCAGUGCAUGA